AUGGAUGUGUCUAUGAACUUCAUCAAGCUGAGGGGUGAUGAUGGUGCAGUGGUGAAGGAAUACAGCUGCCAAUUGGUUAUCGGACAUGCAGCAGUGAACCAGAAGAGGGGUGACAAGGAACCUGUUCGAACAUUUGUGACUGCUGCUCCAAGUGUGUCCGUCCCCAAGCAGGUGGCAUUCGGGGCAGAAGGAAGAAUGAUCAUCAGGGGGAGUGACCAUGGAUCAGUGCUUGGUGCAGACAAUAGCAUCACCAGCGCUUCACCAGCGCUAGGCCGUGGAAAGGCCACAAUCAACUUAUGGAUUUACAACUAUAGCACAGUAAAGGGACCUCUCACCUCUGAAGAAUCCUGGCCUAUGUCGCGUGUGGUUAUGUUCAUGUUCAAAAUGCUGGUUCAUUUUGGGGCCUUGGCGGUUAUCAUCUGUUUUUUAAUAACAAACUACUUUGACACAGUGGUAAUGUGGUCAGGAGACCUUGCCCAACACAUGACAACUAUUCCUGAGGUAUUCUAUGAAGUACCAGAAGCCCAUCAGCAAGUGGUCGAACAGAGCAGCAUUUUGACCUUAGAUGAACUGGCAGGAAAACUCAUUGAAGUUAUUCGAGAGGCAAACAAAAAUUUAGAUGUCGGUGAGGAUAUUCAUGAUAUGAUACAACACAAGGAGAUUUCUGCAGAAGCCAGAAGAGUAUUUUUUGAUGCAGUGAAGGAGAAACUGAUAUCUGGAGCUUGGAUGUGA